AUGCGCUACACAUUCAAACCGCUUACCCCAGAAUACCGGUUCACAGAAAAGACCGUGCAGAUCUUCUCCAUCAGGGUCAGGGCCCCAACAGAUGGUCUCAGGUGGCCGCUGCGUGUCCAUGGCCACAUUGCCAGCAGAGACUCGAUGGAUCAGAAUCGCAACUAUCUCUUCAGGCGCACAAGGGAUAACUGCCAAACCCUCACACAAGACGAUCCAUCCUUGCUGCUAACAGGCCCAUCCCGUGCAAUUGUGUACCUUGCUCCGGUUACAUUCGAAGUCCAGUUAAAAGUAAAGGGCGAAGGAGAGUCUGAAGAUGAGAUGCUGGCUUUCGGUGCCUUCUACUAG